AUGAUGACGGUUGCUCGGUUACCCUUGGCAAUCGAGUCCGCUGAGGCAACAGGUGAUGUUGAAGCCCUUGCUCUCAUGGCUAGCGACGUCGCGAGUGUGGUCUUUAAAUUCGGAAGGCAAUAUAUGUUUGAGGAUAACCACUUCAAGAAAAUUUUAGGAGGCUCUAGAACUGUUUUCAAAGGACUGCUACCAGAUAAAACAGUGGUUGCGGUGAAGAAAUCCAGAAUUAGUGGUAGCAUUUUUGAUAAUCCAUACGCAGUUAAUGAGUCUCUAAUUUCAAGUCCAAGUUGUUCACAAGGGAGACUCAGAUCACCCUCCCUCGGAGCCUCUGACUCAGGAUCUGUUGACUAUGCUAAAGAAUGUGGAAAGGCUUAA